UCUCUCUUUCUCUCUCUUCUGUUUCAUAGUUUGUUAGGGGCAAAAGGUUGAGUAGAACGCAGGCGAUUCUCUGUGUCUCCUCUCAAAUUCAACAAAAAGAAUAGAAAUUUCUAGGUUUAGGGUUUUCCGAAAUCUGUUGAUCGCCCUGAAUCCUGAUAGUGGAUUUCAGUUAAACAGCUUUUUAUAACGUUGCCGUUUCCCGGAAGCGUUGUUGUGGUCCGAUCAACCGCCUUUUCGGUCGAAAUAUGGUGGUGAUUACGGCGAGGAAUCAAAAUUUGGUUUUUCCCGGGCUAUUUCCUGUUAAUCUCCUUCCGAUUUUGAUUUCUUGUAGAAUCUUCCGGAUUUGUCUUAGGAUCCUGUGAGGAAAUAGGGUUUCUGUUCUUUGAAAUGCAAAAAUUAUGUACCUUGUUGUAUAGAUCCAAUUGUGUAAAUAUUUCUUCUCUUUGUAUACUCAGAUAAUCGGGUGAAUAGGGUUGGCUUUGAGUAUUUGGGUAUUUGUUUUCUGAUCUUGAUUUUUCAGUUGAGUUGAGGCUAUGUAUAUUGAGGAGUUGAGAAACGAUGAAGAAGUGGAGAGUGUCGUUGGGGCAAAAGAUGGAAGCAAGAAUUCUUAUCCGAGUGACGCUGUUUUGGAGGAUGGUAGAAGCAUAGUUUUCUGGGAUGCAAAGAGAGCAUUGGUUGGUGCAGGUGCUCGUGCACUCUUUUACCCGACUCUACUUUACAAUGUUGUUAGGAAUAAGAUACAGUCUGAGUUCCGCUGGUGGGAUCGGGUUGAUAAGUUUAUACUUUUAGGUGCUGUUCCAUUUUCUACUGAUGUUCCAAUUCUGAAGGAGCUCGGUGUAAAAGGAGUUAUCACGCUAAAUGAGCCCUAUGAGACUUUAGUUCCAUCAUCUCUUUAUCAAUCUCAUGACAUUAACCAUUUGGUGAUUCCUACAAGAGACUAUUGCUUUGCACCAUCAAUGAGUGACAUUUGCCAAGCUGUAAACUUCAUUCAUAGAAAUGCAUCUCGAGGACUAACUACUUAUGUUCACUGUAAAGCUGGCCGUGGCCGCAGUACAACCAUUGUUAUAUGUUACUUGGUUGAACACAAGCAGAUGGCACCUGAUGCAGCAUAUGAUUAUGUCAAAUCAAUCCGACCAAGGGUGCUUUUAGCUUCCUCUCAGUGGCAGGCUGUUCAGAAAUACUACCAUUUUAAAGUGAAGAAAUAUGGUGUCUAUGGUGAUAUGGCAGCUCUAGUUUUAAAGAAUCUGAAGUCAUCCCCUUCUGAAGAUGUUGAAAAUCUUAUGGCAUUUGAUGAUGGGUCCAUGGUGGUUGUAUCAAAAGCAGAUGCUGAGGGAUAUGACCCAAUGCUUGAAUCAAGUGGUUUGGGAAGUGAGAUAUGGGCAGAUCUGAGUGUGGUGUAUCGGGUGAAAGUUGCUGGUCAAGCUGCACUGGCAAGAAUAUCUUGCCUGUGGUUUCGCUGCCACGCUCACCAAAAGAUUGGCAGUGAGAAGAUUGGCAGAGAGAGCAGCUGCGCAAUAAGGGCUGAUUCCUUGGGAGGUAUCAGUGUAGACAUCCAGGUGUAUUGAGGAGGGAAAACUGCAUAAGAUGUUGGAGUCCAUAUGUCUGCUUUUUUUAGAGUGUUGGUACAUAAAAGUGUCUCGAAUAAUGUUUGGUUAGACAGAAGCAGAACACUGUUUCUUGUACUUACUACCCCCUUGUAUAUUGAGUUAAGUCGUGUUGAAUUGAAAAUCAGAAUAUUUGCUUUUGAAUUUUAAUGAAGAAA